CUCUCACCCUCACUGGGCUGUCGCUUAUGCAGUUUGCUGUCUUCAAACAGGGAUUUAUUUUGUUCAGCUGGGUGUCUGCACAUGUGGAUUACAUCAGGAUUUUACGUCUCAAAGCACAUCACAGUGCUACCUGAGUACCUGUGCUGGGGGUGGAAAGUUGAAGAAUGUGGUGAAGCGAAAGAUGACCCAAUGUGCGGUCAAAGAGAGACACGUGAAGCGGGUUUGUUUCUGCUGUUAUCUCAACCUUACAUUGGACGUUUUCACCUUUAUAAACACUGAGGCUGGGCUUUGUCUACUUUUGCUAUGCAGUCUUAGUGUGUGUCUGCCCAAAGUGGAAGGGGAUUCCACUACCAAGCUCGACAAAAAGCAUGGUGCGAUGAGAGAAAUGAUGUCAACAUUGAUGAAUUUAAACAAAUCUUUGAGCAUUCCUGCCAGCAUAAGUGAUUUAACUUUGUACAGCCCUGAAAACGUACCUGAGAAUUGCUUUGACGCUGCCCUUCUGUGCUUCAUGAAAGAAAUGAAAACUUUAGAAUUUGAGAUGAAACUUGUCCAGAGCAAGAAUCACCAGAAAUUGUCAAUAUGUAACCAAAUGUUGACGACUUAUAAGAGAUUACUUCAUGAGCUUAACGAUUGCAAACCUUGUGAAGAAUUCCAAGAAAAAAAUGUCACAUCUUUUCUAAGCGGCUUCAUAUCAUUACUACAGCAAAUUAUCAAGUUUAAAUCCGUAAACUAGUCAUUUUAUUAUUAUGAAGUCAUUGACAUUAACCAAAGGAAAAAGUGAAUUGUAAAUAGCUAUUUUUAUAAAUGCUGUUUUUUUGUGUGUAUUUUAUAUUUAACUUAAAGUGCCUGUGUUAUUGUACAUAAAUAUUUUAUGGCUUUUUCUGUUAUUGUAUAUAGGUAAUUACUGAUUUAUUUUUCUGUUGCAUAUAAAUAUUUUUCUUGAUUUGUGCAGCUGUAGAUAAAUAUUUUGUACUGAUAGUUGUCAUUGUAUAUAAAUGUUUCACUGAAUUCUUUAAAAUAAUUUACCAGUUGUGCAUAUUUUUGUAUAUAUUUUGUAGAUUUUAACCAUUCUCGCUUGUUAAUGGCAAUUAAAUGAAUUUUGAAUUUCCAUGGAAAGGAUGAUGCUGUUUGAAUUAUAAAACUGAUGUGACAGACA